GGUCGUAGAGUCCUGGCAAUCUCCAGUCCAAGAAGACAUUCAUUUCCUACAUCCCUUCAAUUACGUCCAACCAUGAGCACCCCCAACGACCAGAAAUUUGCAAACGUAACUGCGCCUGAUGCUAGAAGCUUUGUCGAAGAUGUUCUUGCCGGCAAUGGUGUUCCUCGAAACAAUGCAGUCAUAGUCGCCCGAUGUCUCGUGGAAGCCGACCUCCGUGGUGUCGAUACGCAUGGAGUCAACCGUAUUCCAAGCUACAUGGCACGCAUCCGGCAGGGAGUUCUAGACGCCCAUGCAUCCCCUACGAUUCGUCACAUAUCGCCCGUGGUCGCCCAGGUGGACGGACACAACGCAUUUGGGUUUCUUGCAGCACACUUGGCAAUGGAGGCGGCAAUUAGAAUGGCAGAUGGACCUUCGGGGAUUGGUGUGGUUUCGGUCAAGAGCUCGAAUCAUUUCGGCAUGUCUGCUUGGCUCGUGCAGCAGGCAAUUGAUGCGGGCAUGAUGAGCUUGGUUUUUACGAAUUCAUCGCCUGCGCUACCAGUGUGGGGAGGCAAGUCAAAGCUCAUGGGCGUUUCGCCCAUAGCCUGCGGGGCCCCAGCUGGCAAGGGCCGGCCUUUCAUUAUGGACAUGGCACCCAGCGUGGCAGCCCGUGGAAAAGUUUACAAAGCACUACGGAGAGGCGAGAAGAUCCCCACAGACUGGGCACUGGAUAAAAACGGGAAGCCGACAGACGAUCCAGCAAAGGCACUAGAAGGUGUCAUGCUCCCCAUGGGCGGGCCAAAAGGUUCCGCGCUCGCUGUCAUGAUGGACGUCUUCUCGGGUGUACUCUCUGGAAGUGCUUUUGCAGGUCACGUUACCAAUCCUUACGAUCCCUCCAAGCCUGCCGACGUUGGGCAUUUCAUCGUGGCCAUCCGGCCCAAUUUGUUCAUGAGUGCCGAUCAGUUCAAAGACCGAAUGGACUAUCUCUAUAGCCGGGUCGUGGGGUCGGACCGAAUGGAUGGCGUCGAGCGAAUAUAUUUUCCCGGGGAGAUUGAGCAGCUAACCAAAGAAAAUCGUUUGAAGCACGGCAUACCACUUGUAGAGGCCGAGAUCAGCGCACUCAACAAGGAGGCUAGCCAGGUUGGAGCUAAAUCCAUAAGAGCCUCACCGCUCCCCGUGAUGGCUCGUCUGUAG